AUGGAAAAGCUCGGUGCUUCUUUCACGUCUUUCUAUGGCGGAGCAAGAGAUGUGCUGCUUUCUCUCGUUACAUCCUCCGGCUCUCCUAAGUGCACCAGCUUCCUUUGGGGACGCCUGUUCGAAGUUGACCAAGAAAACCCUCUCAAGACAAGCGACGCUCUCCGACGAAUCCGUCAUCGCAUUUACUCGUUCGUUUGGUCUCAAGACCGUCAAGACCCAGAUGAUGGAGACUUCAUCGUGACUCGCUGGGGCGUUCGUCGCAACCUCAGCCGUCGCUACCCUCGAUCCUUCAUUGAUGUUCACCAUGACCUAACUCUCCUCCACCAUGACACUGGACUCCUGUUCACCAAUGUCGCUACCUCUAAGGACUUCACCGAGUACAUCUACAGCGUGAGUAAAGUCGAGAUUCCCAUCACAGCAACGUACGACACCGUUCAAAGCGUCCAAAACGGCGGAUGGCGUCCUCACGACGACGAAGACAUGCUAGUGCAUAGCCUCUACACCAACAAGCGCCUCUUCGAAGAACACGCCAAAAACGUCGAUGUAGUCGUCAUCUUCCAAGAAAUCGCAAGCGACGGGGCCUUCUACGACGCAGACACGCACCUCGAUGAAAUCCGCGAUGUCCUCAACUACUGGGACAUUGGCGCCAAGGGUGGUGAGCUCCGCGUCAUUGUCAACUACGCUACCAAUCACGUCACAGAUCUCGAGCUCGAAACCGCUGCCCGAUUUGGAUUUGGGCUAAAGGGUACCUACGAGUUGGACGAUGAGCGGGUUGCAAACACAGGUACGUUCCACUCUCGAUCUUACCUGCUAACACUUCCUCAGCUUUUCACCACCACUUCUUCUCACACCACAGCAAUCAUGGCCGCUGCCUGGGACGCUCCUGUUCAAACCCGCCCCGACAACGGUGGCUCAUGGUUUGAACUAUCCAUGGAGCCCAAGAGCUUCAUCACGCUUACCACUGCCGUUGUCCCAACGGUAGAGCCCACUGCACUCGCCGAGGAGACUCCCUCCAAGGGCACCACGCCCUGGUUGUACGCCACAGUUGGAUGCAUCACCUUCAUUGUUUUCCUCCUCAUCUUUACCUGCAUCCAAUGGAUGGGACACAGACAGGUUCACAGGGAGGAUAAGAGCCGGAAGCAGGCGGAGCGCCGAGUUGAGGCCAUCAUGGCGGAUAACCGUGAGUAUCAGAAGGAUGAGGAGGAGGGGGCUCGUCCUUAA